AACUGCCUGAUGAAACCUUAUCGACUGGUAGUGAAGAGCAGCGUCGACUUUUGUUAAAAUAAACCGUGAUCUUCAGUCUGCGAGGGCGAGAGUGAGACAAGAGGACGAAAAUCCGUGUUCUCUGUUUGUUUAGAGAAAAUAAUACUAUAUAAGCAACGUUGGACAACUCUUUCAUAUUUAAGCUAUAUAGUUAUUUAUCUAUCUUAUCUGUGUGAAGAUGAACGGGGUAACGCGGAGUCUGUGUACAUUUGAGGACCUCAGAGCUGAUGAGAGAACAGCGGAUGGGUGCAGGAGACUGAGGCUGACUCUCCACCAGCAGAACCAGGUCGGGAGGAUCACAGAACAACCCAGGAGCAAGCCAAUCGGACGAGCGGUUGCUCUGGUGCAGCCAACCAGUGAUAGGCCUGAACCAAUCAAACCCUCUGAGGAGAAGGCUGAAAAGGUUGAGGUCAUCAAGGUGUAUCUGGAGGAUCGUAGACAGGAGCAGCAGAGACACCAGCAGAGCCUCAAGAUGUUGUCAGAUGAAGUCUCCCAGAUACAGGAGGUGAGAUACUGUCUUAAGACCCUGAGGGAACAGAUGGCAACCAAGAACAAAGGACAACACAAGUUUCUUGCUAGUGGCUACAGAGUCAGCACUCCCUCCAAUCAGAACAUCUCUUCUUCCUCAAAGGGAGGAGCUAAAGAUGAUGGGCAGGGAGGGGAGGAUGAGGUGGAGAGGGCCAAGAUGAGGGAGGUCAGUAAGCGUCUGUAUGCUCAGCUACAGGAGGCCGAGAAGAAACACCAGGAGGAGAGAGAGAGACUGCAGACUGAGGGUGUGGAUCUGCGCCAGCGUCUGGGGGAGCAGGAGGAGAAGCUGAAGGGGGUGGAGGAGAGUAGUGAGAGGAAGGACCAGAGGAUUGAGGAGCUCCAGAGGCUGCUGGGAGGCAUGGCGCAGGAGAGCCAAGCCCUACGAGACACACUGAGGAACAGAGAGGAAGAACUCAGAGAAUUACGCAAGAUCAGAGAGGAGGGCAGGAACGAGGAGCAGAGGUCAGAGCAGUUGGAGAAGGAGCUGGCCAUUCUGAAGGAGAAGAUCCAUCAUCUAGAUGACAUGCUGAAGAGCCAGCAGAGGAAAGUCAGACACAUGAUCGAACAGCUGCAGAACUCUCGUAUGGUGAUCCAGGAGAGGGACCGUGUCAUCAGAGAUCUGGAGGAGAAGGUGGCUUUCCUGGAGGCAGAGAAUCGGGAGAUGCAUGAUCAGAUGGACUACUUCCUGGGAGGUGAAAGGUCAAACUCGCACCUCUCAUCAGACCGCCACGCCCAGAUUGUCUAUAGUAAGCCUUUGAAGCCCAGCAACUCGUCCAACAAGCCUCUUCCCUUCAUCAAAAUCAUUGAGACCAAGUCCUGAACUGGUGAAAGCGAGGCUAACUUAACUGCCUGUUCAGGGGCAGAAUGACAGAUUUGUACCUUGUCAGCUCGGGGUUUGAACUUGCAACCUUCCGGUUACUAGUCCAACGCUCUAACCACUAGGCUACCCUUCCGCCCCAUUGUAAUGUCAUGGAACAGUCAACUGUUCCCAUAUGUUUGCUGUGUUUCAUACCGUUACAUGUAUUCCUCCUAUAGCUCCUCCCACCAGCCUCCUCGUGUGUGUGUGUGUGUGUGUGUGUGUGGUGUUUUGGAUUGUGUAUGGACGUUGAUGUAGAUAUACUUAUAGAGUUGAUUCUCAAUAGAAGUCUAUUUAUUCAUAGCAGACAGAUUAUUCUUUCUAACCCAGUGUCAUAAUCUAUUGUCAUCUGUUGAAGUCCGUCUGAAGGACUUUACUACUGACAGAGAGGACCAGAGACGGUGUGAUAGCAGUACCCUGUGGUUAGUAAGGGUCUGAUAACAGACCGAGUCUUUGGCCUCAGAGAGGAGGCAACCAUGCCAGGCUGGGCCAUAACAGAGAAAUAAAAUGGCCGAUGAGUGAGAGGGGGAUCGAAGAGAGAGAUGGAGGGUAAGAAAUCUGUAUUAAACUAAUCAGAACACAACCAGUUUGUCAUCUUUUUACCAUGGCACCAAGGCAGGAUAGAGUGAGUGUUGCUACACUAUACAGGUAUUGGAGAAGCAGAAAGACAUUAAGGAUAGAGGAUAUAGUUUUCCAUCAAACCCUUCUGUAACCCAUUAACCUACUUCCUGUGUCUGUGGCCUAGAGUCCACUGUUAGAAUCCUCUUUAUUUGACACCUGAAAGGGAGGAAGACAAUCUUUGACUUUUUGUAAAUAUACUUAUAUGGUCACGUAACGGCCACAGUGAUGUGUCAUGGUUUAUACAAAGUUAUGAAGGCCAUGUUUGUUGAGAAAGUGGGAUGUUUGGUCUAGUAUGUGUGGAUUAGAAGUCUUCCUCACCAAUACUGAUGUCACUUUAAAGUCUAAAGGAAAUUAAGAUGAUUCAUUCUGACAAGUACUUACUAACCUUGCAAGAAGUUGACAUUAUCCACAUUUUUGCAUUUCAGUUACCUGACGUUUCAUCCACCAUCACCAGCUUUGUACAUAACUAUAUUUAUUUGUUUAUGUGGUGUUCUUUGAUGUCCCUGUAGUCUCACUCUGGGAUUUGUUUGUUAUUUUUAUCCUUCAGACAGGAAUGUUUGGCCUGACACUUUAGUGUAUGACAAUCAUCUUUUAUGUAUUUAUGUGAAAAUACAACUUUCAUUUUAGGGAAAACAUUUUCAGUAGACAUUUUAGUGUGUGUUAACAACAUAUAUACUUUGUUUUAGUUAUUUUAAUAAAUAUAUGAAAA